AUGUCAGCCGGCCCCGUGAAAGGCGCCCUCACCGUCGAAACUCGGAAUCUUCCAUCCGCGAGAAACCAAAAGACAUGGACCCAGAAGCUGAGAAGAGGCGACGUGAAAGAAGACUUCGCGAGGGCAAAAGCUCAAGCAAAUCCAAACAGCCCUCUCGAAAGUUGGACAUUAUCGACAAGUUGGAUGUCACAAGCAUUUAUGGCACAGGACGCAAUAUUCCAUCAUGAUGGACCUUUUGACGCCUGUAACCCACACCGCAACCGCAAAGGGUCUCGACAGGCUCCCAUGCAAGCAUUCCCCAAAAACUCGACAAAUAUGCAGUUGGGGGGUUCUGGUCCAGUGAACGCCAAGCUGAAUCUAGAUCGAUAUCAUGGCACUGAGAUGGAGGCCCAUAACGACUACAACGAGGCCGCCAUCGCAGAAGGCGAAGAAGACGACUAUCGCCGGCCUCUGCCUGAGCGCAGCGCCAGUUUUAAUCCUACCGCACGUGUUGAACCCGUCCAUGGCAGCCUGUCAGCGGGCCUUGGAACGAGCACUUUUCUAGAGGGAACACCGGCUAGUCGAGCGGCUAUCCAACGACGUGAAAGUGAAUAUGAGGCCGCUCAACGAGAAGCCAAUACAAAUGGCCUUUCCCGAACCAAGAGUUUGGCUCAGAGAAUCAAAUCGGUCCGUCCCAAAAUCUCCGAUGGACCCCGCGUCAAUUCCCCCGAACCAGCCGGAACACCUACCAGUCCACUUGGCUCUGGCCGACCCGAUCAAAAUUCAGCCAAUCCUUUCUUCAAGGAUUAUGACAAGGACUAUGAAAAGAAGGGGGCCCAGAUCGCGUUUGCUGAAGAACAACAGAAGACCGGCCGGGCUCGAGCACCUAGCAGCCCCAGACGAGGAUUGGGUUUGGGUUUAGAGCGCAAAGUGACUGGUGAAAGUGCAGCUCCGACGGAAGAAAGUAAACCCAGCACUGGAGUUGGCUUUCUAACGCGGAUGAAGAGCAUGAAAGGCGCACGCAAGACUCGUGAGCGACGAAACACUGAAACGUCGUGA